UGGCUAGAUGCAGGGAUAAUUAAAUAACAGCAGCUAGUCAUGUGAAAGAUUUUGGAUAAAUAAUGCAUUCUGCGUGGAGUAAUUGGUUUGAAAUAAUGGCGCUUUUUGGUUGAGUUGUUAGUUUUUUUUUGUUUUAGCUUACUUACGGUGCAUUUGCGAGUUGUGUCUUUUUCUGAAGACUGGAUUUUCUUUCCCAGUACAUUGCUGAGGAUUGUAAGCUAGCUUGUCAGGUAGCGCCAACCAGCCACAUCAGCACCGCUGCAGCUACUCCGAUACGUUAGCAUCAUUAUAUUUCAUUAUGGCAGACAAUAUCAUGAGCAAGGCUGCUACCAUGGAGAUCCCCAUUAACAGAAAUGGAGAUACAGGGACACUUGCAGAGGAUGACAGCCUGGAGCAGGAUUUGCAGCAGGUCAUGGUGUCUGGGCCCAACUUAAAUGAAACCAGCAUUGUUUCAGGAGGUUAUGGAGGACCUGCAGGUGGCAUCAUUCCUACAAGCGCCAUCAAAGGACCCGCAGUUCACUACAACCCUGAGUAUCUGGACAGAAGACGAGCCCCUGCACCGAGACCAGACAUUCGCAUGAAAUCCAGGGGCAUUAACUUGUCUCAGAGUCAUUCUACAGCCAGUCAGCUUGCCCAUCAGACUAACCAGCAUCCAGGGUCUAUGAAUCAUAACACCGGUUCAACUGAAGAGAUUUCUCGGGGUGUAGCUGUGGAAAAACUGGACAGUGUAAAGAAAUGGGGCAUUAACACAUACAAGUGUACAAAGCAGAUGUUCUCAGAGAAGUUUGGCAGAGGUUCUCGAACAGUGGACCUGGAACUGGAAGCUCAGAUUGACGUGUUGAGGGAUACCAAGAGCAAGUACGAAAGCAUCCUAAGACUGGCAACAGCGCUCAUCACUCACUUUCAAAACAUGGUGCAGACGCAACAGGCUCUAGGUGACACCUUCACCGACCUGAGCCAGAAGUCACCAGAGUUGCAGGAUGAAUUUGGGUACAAUGCAGAAACACAAAAGCUGCUGUGCAAGAACGGUGAGUCUCUGCUUGGUGCCAUCAACUUCUUCGUGUCCAGUGUGAACACCCUGGUCAAUAAAACAAUGGAGGAUACUUUGAUGACUAUCAAGCAGUAUGAAAAUGCAAGACUUGAGUUUGAUGCGUAUCGUUCUGAUCUGGAGGAGUUAAGCUUGGGCCCGAGGGAUGCAGCUGCCAUGGUUCGCAUUGAGAUGGCUCAGCAAGAGUACCAGCACCACAGAGAGAAAUAUGAAAGACUUCGUAGUGACGUCUCCAUCAAACUGAAAUUCCUGGAGGAAAACAAG